AACCGGACUCUGCGUUGUGCUCUCGCUUUCGAAAGAGGAAGAGUUCGCCGUUGCCCUGAAUUCAAAAAGACACUCCGGCACUGUUCCCUUCAAGAGGGCAGUCAGGAAAAGACUGGCCGGGAAGGGAUGGCCCGGUCGCUCUUACCGUUCCAGUGGAAAAGGAGUUGCGGUGUUUGAAGGAGAUCGCGUCCGGUUGGAGCCCACCACCGCGGCUCGAGGCAGAAUGAUGGCCGCCUCCCCCUCCGUUGCCGGCGGCUUCAAGGCCGCCGGCCUGUCGGCCAGGAAGGACGAAAAAAUAAUGGAUUUGAUAGACUUGUUUUCGAAAACCCAGUACAGAGCAAAGGAAGUCACUCCUCGGAUGGAGGCAAUUGAAACAUGUUGUUUGGAGUUAUUUGCCCGAGAUUACAAGUACAGUAUCAUCCAUAACGCCAACGGUGAAGUUUGUGGCCAUUACCCACGGCGGAUAGUGUUCCUGGAGUACGAAUGCACGGAUGUUGAUCGAGACAGGUUUGAGAGCACACUGCAGAUCAGUAAACUUCAGGAUCUGGUGAACCGGAGUAAACUGGCCCGAUGCAGAGGGAGGUUCGUCUGUCCUGUCAUUCUUUACAGAGGCAAGCACAUUUGUCGCUCAUCCACUCUGGCAGGCUGGGGGGAGCUCUAUGGACGCACGGGCUAUAAUUACAUCUUUUCUGGGGGCAGUGAUGAUACAUGGACAGACUCGGAAGAAGUUCCAGAGGAGGACUGUGCAGUCAGAAAUGGGGACUCCCAGCUUUUUGACAAGGUCCGAGGCCACGACAUUAAGCUCCUGCGGUACCUGUCGGUUCGCUAUAUCUGUGACCUUAUGGUGGAGAACAAGAAGGUUAAGUUUGGCCUAAAUGUGACAUCCUCUGAGAAGGCAGAUAAAGCCCAACGCUAUGCAGACUUCUCUUUGCUCUCCGUGCCUUAUCCAGGGUGUGAGUUUUUUAAAGACUACAAAGAGAGAGACUACACCGCCGAGGGACUUGUUUUCAAUUGGAAUCAGGACUUUGUGGAUGCUCCCUUGACAAUCCCUGCGUGCUUUAACAAGAACCUAAACAUUGACUGGGCUCAAUAUCAGUCGUGGGACCUGGUGGAACAGACACAGAACUAUCUGAAGCUGCUUCUACAUAUCAUCAACAGUGAUGAUGAGAGUGGUCUUCUUGUGCACUGCAUAUCAGGCUGGGACCGAACACCUCUUUUUGUGUCACUCCUUAGGCUGUCUCUUUGGGCUGAUGGUGCUGUACACAGCAAUUUGGAAGCAGCUGAGAUUCUAUAUCUGACCAUUGCUUAUGACUGGUUCUUGUUUGGUCACAUGCUUCCAGAUCGACUCUCCAAGGGAGAAGAGAUUUUCUUUUUUUGCUUCAAUUUUUUGAAGCACAUUGUCUCAGAGAAGUUCUCUGCUAUUAAAAAACAGAGAAGGAAGAGCUCCCACUGCAGAGAUGGGGAUUUUACAUUUGAGGACGUCUGCCAAUUAAAGUCUCGGGAUCGUGGAAGUGUGACAAGUCUGAGCAGUGACUUUAUGCUCAUCACUGAGGAGGUGGGUGUGACUUCCAGCUUCACAAGUGACACUGUGGACACCUUCUACAGCCAGCCCUCACUUUCCUCUUGGAAAAAAGGCACCACCUGCUCUCCUCAAAUGGUCGUGUGGAACAAACAAAACCCUGGGGAUGACCAGCUCCCACAUCCCCUUAGUGAGGCCAGGUCUUCCAGUUCGUCCUCAUCCAACCACUCGGAGCACGCCAUCACGCGCACUGGCAGCAGCCCAUUGGCUGUCCCUGGCCAAAGGUUUGCCACAGACUACACUCGGUCAGGUUCUUCUCUGUCCACAGACUACGGCAGUUGGCAAAUCGUCUCUGGUUGUGGUAGCAUCCACGAUCAUCCUUCUUUCCAGCCACCUUUGACUUCGGCCUCAUCCACCUCAUCUGCUGUGGACGCUCCCUACGACUCCCUCCUGUCCUUCAGCUUGCAGGAAGAAGGACCCAACGGAAGGAUGUGUCCCUACCCCUCACAACGUCAAGCCCGUCUAGAAGCCGUGCGGGAAAUCUUCCUGGCAGCCUACAGUUCUACUGUUGGUCUGAAGUCUGUAGCAUCCAGUCCCUCCGGCGCCAUCACAGGCCUGCUUGAGCAGUUCGCCCGAGGCGUAGGCCUAAGAAGUACCAACGCCCUUGUCUAAAGCCCUUUUAAUGUGAUUGCUGAGACCUGUGCUUCAUUAAAUCCAUUGAUUUAUGGACUAUGAUAAAGUGCCAAACAUCCCCUUACGGUGGGGUUUUCUACUCUUUGUGAAUCUGCUUGUUUAUUUUUCCAAACUUUACAUAUAAAUUUGGUUAAUUUCUUUUAGCGUUUUUUUCUUGCACCACAUCAAAAAGUAGUGAGGGUAGGGUUUGGAGCAUGCUAUACAUUCAGUCAAAGGUUCUGUCACUUCACAUGAAUGAGACACUUAAGGGGGCACUACACCAAGAACAUAGAGAUCUUUCUAGAGAUCUCACAAAUACAAUGUUAUACAUUGCAAUGUAUUAUAUAAUGUUUGUGGUUACGUUUCCGCAUUUUUUUUUCCAAACACAAAUUUUGCUAUAAAUUCUCAGAUUUGGCACAGUCAUGAAGAAACAUAUGCUUACAAUCUCAGUAUUUUGAAAUGAUGGGCUUUAGUUUUCAAUUUAUUGACAGAUGAAUGCUACUGUACAUUACCCAGUUGCCUUGGCAAU